GACUUUAGUUGGUUCGCAUCUGCAUUAAUUACCUCAGACUCAGACGGAAAAAUGCUCGCACAAUGCCUUGAAGUGUCUCAUAGUUUCUGAGUGUGGGCAUCAAGGAAGUUUCCUUUCGAUUCGGUCCACUAAGCUGCCUGUGGACUUGCGGAAGAAGACAUAUUUUGAGCAAACAGGAGCAGUGACUUGAAUUGGCAGCACGCUCCUCAUGUGCGAUGUGAAACAUGGACCAUCCAGCGUAUCAUGGGCCAAUAAGCAAACAAAGAUGCGAGGAGCUGCUCGGGAAGAAAGCGAAGGACGGAACAUACCUCAUUCGUGACAGUGAGACCAUUCAGGGAGCUCUCUGCCUGUGUGUAUAUAAACAAAAAGUGGUCUAUACUUAUAGGAUCCUUCAAAGCCACUCUGGAUCCUACACUCUACAGGCUAGCUCAGGUGUAGAGGAGAAGUUCUUCAAGACAAUGAAGGAUCUUAUUCGUCAUUACAAGAAAAGGAAUCAAGGACUUGCAACACACUUAAACCGUUCGCUGAAAAGAAAAACACUGCCAGAACAGUCUUUUCACAGUCAAAGUCCAGAACCACCAGUGCAUAAUGAGGAAAACGAAUAUGAAAAUGUUGAUUGCUCAGCGGACUAUGUCGUUGUUCUACCAGAUGAUUUAUGUGAUGUUCGGCCUGGACACUGGGAUCAGCCAACUUGAAGGAUAUAGAUGCGCAUUACGCAAUCCUCGUAAUGUUUCCAAGAACUUUCUGGGCUUUUUUACCUCGGAUAUGGACGUUUCAUGUGAUCGCAUUACAUGAAUCACAUUUUAUCAUUUGUAUGAUUUUGUGCUUGGUAAAUGCAUAAAUCGUGGAUGUGUAUUUCAAUGCUGCAAUGUUGUGGAUUUUGUUGUCAUUAUAAAUUUGAUUCUCAUCAUAAUAAUUUGAGUUAAAAGUUUGGUUUGGUUUUCCCGGAUAUAUAUUUAAUAUACAGAGGAUUUCACACGGUAAGUGCUUAAAAACCUAGAAAUAGUGCUAAAUAUUGUUUAAUAGUGCUAAAUUGUAUUUCACAACAUUGUGGCAAUUCUAUAUUUGUGUAAAACAGAGUCUAUAAGGUAUGUAGUGUAAAUAUUUUGUUCUUAAUGAACGUGCUGUGGUUUUUCACAUGUAAAUAUAUUCCAUUUAACCACUUAAAUGGGCCCACAUAAGUACAGUUUCCUAUGCACUGUUCCAUUGGUUCAAAGAUAGAACUGAUGUCACUGCCUAAAUUUAAGUUUGGUUGGUGUUUUUUAAUAAAUCAGUAUUUAAAAAUCA